AUGAAGCCAUCUAGCAAGCAAGGUAAUAAGCAACGCGAAGGCGAAGAGGACCCACGUAUGCAGAAGCAAUUUGCCAAGGAAAUAACGGUGCGCCGUGGCAGAGUCAAGGCGUGGCUGGACUUCUUUGUGCAGAACAACCCACUAUAUGCGGACAUUGUUAUUGAUCCAGAUGCUCUUUCCUAG